GUGCAGCGUUUAAUGGAUUAUGGAAUUAGGCGGCGAGUGGUAGGGGCGACGAAUAUGAAUUCGCAUAGUAGUCGUAGUCAUGCUGUGUUCACAGUGAGAUUGGAAAGUAAGUUUAUGCAACUGGUAUCUUUGAAUUCGAGGUUGAAUUUGGUGGACCUGUCUGGUAGCGAGAGGAGUGGAAAGACGGGUGCUGAAGGAGAGGUAAUGUGA